CAAAUCACCGAAAUCAUUUGAGCUUAAAUUUUCAAAGCAAACAGUUGCAACAGUCUUGCACAUUAAUAAUUACCUACUACUUGCUAGUAGACUUUACAGUCACUAGUUUCUUGUGUUUAAAGUUAGUGAGUUAAAUUUAUCAACAAUGGCUGGAACAGUGCAGCUCCAGAGCAGUGAUAAACAAAUUUUUGAAGUGGACAUUAAAGUCGCCUUGAUGUCGGCUACCAUCAAAACCAUGCUGGAUAAUCUCGGCAUGGAGGGCGAAGUCAAUGAUGAAGUGGUUCCUGUGCCAAAUGUCGAUGGAACGAUCCUGGGAAAAGUUGUCGAGUGGUGCAAGAAACACGUCGACGAUGAACUUACACCAGAGCAAGAUGACCACCAGGAAAAACGAACCGAUGAUAUUCCCGAGUGGGAUGUUGAGUUCCUGAAAGUUGACCAGCAAACUCUCUUCGCCAUCGUGCGCGCCGCUAACUUCCUGGACAUCGGAGGGCUCAUGGAAGUAACCUGCAAAACUGUCGCCAACAUGAUCAAGGGAAAGACUCCUGAAGAAAUCAGAAAAACCUUCAACAUCGAGCCAGUGCCCUUACCCCCAAAUCCUGAUGAGAUAGAACAAGCUUCCACUUCCGGAGAAUGUUCUGAAGAGAAAUAAUUCAAAGAAUAAUUUUUGUUAAUUCAGGUUUUGAUAUUUUUUUUUUCUAAAAUUUUAUUUCAUAUUGUAAUACUUUUUUUUUUUUUUUUUUUCGCAUUACACAAUCAAUUAUUCAAUAGAGAGCAACUAUUGAUUAUUAUAAAUUAUUCCGUACACGUGAUGUUUAUUACUUUAAACACUGAAAAUUUGGACUGAUGUGAAUUUAAAAAAAAUAAUAAAAAGUUAAUUUUA